UCUUGAUCGAGGGAAGGCGAGUUUGGAUUUCUCAUUCUCUUUUCCCUCAAUUCUUUUGGACUUUGAGAUAUCUUGCCUUCAAGCUACAUCAACUACUACGUUGUGCCGUCUUCCAACAUACAUACAUGCCUUCCACCAGUGCUCAGUAUCAAACACACCCUACCACACCCUAUACAGCUUCACAAUACAGGACCGGACCCUCAUCAUCUUCUCAAAAGCCCGUCGACAUGUCUAACGCCCACAUGAUGUACUCAUACCCCAACCAACCCCACCACCCUUCCUACCCAUCGUCGUCUCCUCUACCCAUCCAUAUGCCACAGAAGCCAGGCUACUACUACCCUCAACCAAAUCAGCAAUACUCACACGUCUCCGCCUCACCCCCCGAAGCACCCCACAGUGCCACAACCUCGGGUGUUGCCUCCUACGAACCGUCUGCCACGUCAUCUAGCUAUGCAGGAAGCGCGUCAGACUACGAUUCCGCCAGCGGCGGUGCGGCAGGCGGUGUCGAUUUGCUAGAGUACAUGGGCGAGCGAUUGAACGGCAGCCUCGAUUCAACACGCUUGGACCGAAGUCUAGCAACGCAAGCCAAAGCAUCCGGAGAGCUCAACGCAAAACACCGCGAGCUCCUCCAAUUGCAGGCCCUCGCACAACAAAGACUCGCAGGCGUCAAAGUGAAUUUUGCAGAGGGCAUGAGGACCGCGAGGGGAGUGCAGAAGGAUUUGCAGUGGACGCAGCAGCGUGUCGAUUCAUUGAACAAUCGCGCCGCUAAGAAAUAUCCCGAACAAUUCAAGGCUGCUCAGCGACGAUACCCGGCACCCGUUGAUUACUAGAGGAAAAGAGAUUCUUUUUCUCUUCUCCCUCACCCCCUCUGUAUAAAUCGGCUGGCCGAGAUCGGAUAUCCAACCUUCUUUUUCAUUCCAGCCAACCACCUCCUUCUCUUUUCUGAAAGCGGAAAAACGACGAUAUAUGAAAACUCGUCUCCUGUUGAUGAAUCUUUUCUACGCUACGAUACGAUUACGGCCACUUUCCCUGUGUUCCCUUCCCCCUCUCUUUUCAGAGUCCUUUACUAUCUCACUGUCUUAAGAAUACACAACAUCACGGAUGAAACGGCGGCGAUCUCGAAAUAUUCAGUUCAUUCACCUUUUUUUCACUUUUUUUACAACCUCUUAUACGGACAGAUAUCUCGAAGUGAAUGAAAAUGUGGGACAGCUAGGGUGGAUUUCUGCUUUUAUGUUAUCUUCUCAUCCGGCGCCUGGUUUUUCUGCCAUCGUUUCUACAGAGAUACACAAUUUCACUAGUUUUCCCAUGUCUGCGGUUCAAUUUCCUUUACCCCCCCUUCACCCUCGCUGGAUACGAUGUUCUUCCCCCCAGCAACACACCCGUCUCCCCUGGUAACUAAUCAAGCAAGCAAGCACGCAAGCACGCAAGCACGCAAAACAACGAGAGAAGAAAAAAAAAAGUUCUCAAAACACCACGACAUCCUAUCCCGCUGCCCCAAGGCUCCACACAUGCCCCCCUCUUCUCCUCCGCACCAUGACUGCCCAGAAAAGAGCACACUCCUCCUCCUUGCCCCUAAAAAAGAAGAGGAAAAAAGAAAAAGGAAAUUAACUAUUUCUAUCCUCAAACACUCACUCUCCCUGCAAAGCCCCCAUCCAUCAAGUCCCCUAACCCACAAACCCUCCCCCCCAAUCCCACUCCCUCGCUGCUUUAAUCCCGCAUCCACAUCCACAACAUCCGCACAAUCCCCCCCCCCUCGCUCCCCCUGACUAACCCACCGACCCACUCCCCCGGAACCCUCAUUCAUUCUCUCCAUGUGCAGACCCCUCCGUUCUAGCUAUCCUAUCCUAUCCAUCCAUCCAUCCAUCCAUCCGUCUUUGUUCUAGCCCCCGCCCCAGCGUGUCCC